AUGCCAAAGCGGAAAGCGCCCUCCAAGAUUUCGGGACUCGUCGGCUCGGACGACGACGACAUGAUCCAAUUGACCGAAAGUGAGAACCCUCCUCCCAACCACGAACCACCCGCCAAGAAGCGUCGCGGUCGACCACGCAUCUCGCAUGAGGACGCGCCAGAGCCCGACCCCAAAGCCGCGCCAACAGCAACCAAACAGCCCGCUAAACGAGGAAGGCCAAGGGGUAGUCGCGCAGUGUCGGUGGGAGCCGACGGCGCCGACGACUAUGAACAAGAAAAUGAGGAUCCUGCUGCCCGGACGGAGACAAGGACUACAAAAGCUGGCAAAGCUGCGGCGACGCGUGGCAGAGGACGCCCUCGCACGACCAGCGCGACAACAACAACGAGCCCGACAAAGCAAAUGCAGACCGACGGUGAAUUCGAAUUCACACCUACCGGCACGCGAAAAAUCGCAUCCGGUGGAACCUCCCAGGCACUGGUCGAACCCCGUGGAACACGGCGGCAGAUCGCCAAGCCUGAAGUGCCCGAGUCGCAGCGGGAGGAUGAGGAGUAUGAUACAGAAGAUGGGGUGGACGAGACAGUUUUCCCAGAUCCACCCAGUGCCAGUCGCUAUGUGACCAAGAACGCUCGUGCUCGAAUUACCGCCUUGCGAAACUCGCAAGAUUCCUCUCCUCGUAAGCGCAAGCUGGGCAUGGAGUCCGAGCCCAACGCCGGGGAUCCCGAUUUGCGACGGAGAUUGGGUGAACUCACGAAGAAGCAUGAUGCUUUGGAGAUCAAAUACCGCAACCUUCGCGAAAUUGGCAUUGUCGAGGCAAAUUCCAAUAUGGAGAAGUUGCGGAAGCAAUGUGAAAAUGUCACUACAGCGUCGAAUGCAUUGAUUGCUUCACUGAAAUCGGAGUUGGAGGCGCAGCGAGCUCUCGGGCAACAGAGCCGCAGUUUCCAAAAACAAUUAAAAGACCGCGAUACUGAGAUGGCACGACUCCAGGCACAGGCCGACGAGGCGCGUAAUCAGCUUUCUUCCGCACAAUCUGAGAUCAAAACGCUCGGAACAAAGCUCGCAGCUGCGCGAAACACAGCCGCGAGUCUCGAGAGCGCUGCAAAAGCUCCCGGCAGUGCUAUUAAAGGUGGAGGAGUCAAUCGCGCAAAUUUGGCCGCUACUGCCGAAGCUGCACAGGUUGCGCAGCUCAAAGAGGAUCUGUACAGUGAUCUCACGGGGUUGAUCGUCCGCGAUGUUAAAACCCGCGAAUCGGAUCACCUGUAUGAUUGUAUUCAGACCGGCGUCAACGGAUCUCUGCAUUUCAAACUCGCCAUUCCAAUGGGCUCUGCGGCCGACUAUGAAACUGCGGAGUUCCAGUAUCUCCCUCUCUUGGACCCUAACCGUGACCGUGAAAUGGUGGAUAUCCUACCGGAUUUCUUGACGGUAGACAUUACGUUCAAUCGACAGCAAGCGUCCAAGUUCUACACAAGACCCGGUAAUCUUCCUCCCCUGUUCGCUUUAUACUCGUGCCUGGCAAAAUCCCCAUCGGCACGGCCUGAUUGGCUCACCGCCAAGUCCCCCCAAGUUCCCCGAAAGAGUGUCCCCAACUUCUUGUUUUUGUUCCAUCCAGGGGAUUCUGUCCACUCUUUUCACUCUCAAACCCCGGCACUCCUUUGGAACCCCUGUGAGCGGAGCAAAAUCAUGGCGCGUCUCGGUCGCGUUGGGUUUCUAACCCUCGCCGUGGUCUUCCACUUGAUCUACACCUACUCCAUCUUCGACAUCUACUUCGUGAGCCCCAUUGUUCGGGGCAUGCGAUCCUACGGUGUCGAGAGACCCGCCGGUACCGAUGCCCCCGCCAGACGUCUCGUCCUGUUCGUCGCCGACGGUCUGCGCGCCGACAAGGCUUUCCAGGCCUUCCCGGACCCGUCCCCCGAACCCACUGAUCGCGACAGUAACCAAUUGAUCCGCCUGGCGCCCUUUAUCCGCUCUCAGGUGCUCUCACAUGGUACAUUUGGCGUCUCCCAUACUCGCGUUCCCACCGAAUCUCGCCCCGGCCAUGUUGCGCUCAUUGCGGGCCUGUACGAGGAUGUUUCGGCCGUGACAACGGGGUGGAAGUUGAACCCUGUCAACUUUGAUAGCGUGUUUAACCAGAGUCGGCACACGUGGAGCUGGGGUAGUCCGGAUAUCCUUCCCAUGUUCAAGGAAGGCGCGGUACCCGGCAGGGUGGACGCGGAGACGUACAGCGAGGAGGCGGAGGAUUUCACCGUGGACGCGACACACCUGGAUACCUGGGUAUUUGACAAAGUGCACGGGUUGUUCGAGUCUGCAAAGACAGACCCGGAGUUGGAUCGGAAGCUACGCGACGACAAAUUAGUAUUUUUCCUGCAUUUGCUGGGAUUGGACACCACCGGCCAUGCCUUCCGCCCUUACUCCAAAGAAUACCUGCACAACAUUAAGAUCGUCGACAAGGGAGUGCAAUCGGUUACAAAAUUGGUAGAGGAUUUCUACGGAGACGGCAAAACAGCAUUCGUCUUCACCGCGGACCAUGGGAUGAGCGACAAGGGCAGCCAUGGAGACGGGCAUCCAGACAACACCCGAACGCCGUUGGUUGUAUGGGGAUCUGGCGUUGCGGGCCCCAAAAAUACCAACGGCGCGGAUGUGACUGGCCACGAAGAUGGGUUCUCGUCGGAUUGGGGAUUUGACCAUGUCCUCCGCCAUGACGUGGCACAAGCCGAUGUGGCUGCUCUCAUGGCAUAUCUGGUUGGUUUGGACUACCCUGUGAAUUCCGUGGGUCAACUGCCCCUGGACUACCUUGAUGCUAGCCCACAGGAGAAAGCAAUGGCCGCUCUUGCAAAUACGCGGGGUGUGCUAGAGAUGUAUCGGGUCAAGGAAGAGCAGAAGAGUGAGUCUGUGCUUCGGUACGUGCCCUUCGAGCCUCUUUCCGGGCAUGAAGAAACCUCUGUCGAAGGAAGACUCUCCAAAGUUGAAGCACUUAUCACCAAUGGCGCUUAUGAGGAGGCCAUUGCUCUAUCCUCGGAGCUGCUGGUGACCGCGCUCGAGGGUCUGCGUUACCUACAAACGUACGAUUGGCUCUUCUUGCGCACCAUCGUGUCUCUCGGCUACUUGGGCUGGAUCGCGUACGCUCUCACUUCGGUGAUUGACCUGCACGUCCUGCAUGGUGCCACGGACUCAAAUCGGACAACGGCCAGCACCAUGUUCUUCUCAUCCAUUCUGGUGGUCUUGUUUUCUGUCUUCCUCUACCAGGGAUCCUCAUGGCGGUACUACUUCUACGGCGUGUUUCCCGUCUACUUCUGGGAAGAAGUUUUCGCUCGCCGCAAGGCUUUGACUGCCGGCCGGGAGAUUGUUCUCGGUCAUGUCCGUUCGUUCAAGGGCUACCUCACUUUUGGACUUCAGUUGCUGGCAUUCCUUGCUGUCCUUGAGGCCCUCGUCCAAUCCUAUUUCCAUCGGGAAAUCUUCACUGUCUGCUUUACCUUGGCCGCUUUCUGGCCUGCUUUCUAUGGCAUGAACUUCGUUCGCAGCCACAUGCUUCUGUCGACAACAUGGGCAGUUGGCAGUGGCUUGAUGGCCACUUUUACUCUUCUCCCGGUGACCAAAAUGGAGAACGUUGAUGCCAUUACCUAUGGCGCAUUUCUGAUGUUCUUCACCGGCGUGCUGUAUUUGCUUUUCGAGGAUGCUAUCAUUGGCCAUCGCGGCCCUUCAUCGCAGGCUUCACUCAGCAGUCUGGGCGCGCGGAUUAUUAUGGGCUCACAGAUCGGCAUGAUUCUGCUCGCCUUGGUUGUCACCCGGUCUACUAUCUUCUCUCUUCAGGCUCGCCAGGGUUUGCCGUUUGGAAACUUGGUGGUAGGAUGGUUCGUCUUGGUGGCCUCCCUCGCAUCGCCCUUCUUGCAUCGCUUGUACCCCAACAGCAACUACCUGCACCGUCUCAUGGUCAUCUUCCUCACAUUCUCGCCAACCUUCAUCAUCCUCGCCAUCUCCUACGAGGGCCUGUUCUACUUUGUGUUCUGCAUGACCCUCGUAACAUGGGUCCGCCUCGAACACGCCAUCUACGUUCACACGGCCGGUUCGACGCCUGUCUCGGGCAGCAAGAAACCCGACACGGCGACGGCCACCGUCGGGGGACAAAUAUACCACUACCGAGCCCUCACCCUCUCCGACACCCGCGUGGCCCUAUUCUUUUUCUUCCUACUACAGUCCGCCUUCUUCAGCACCGGCAACGUCGCCUCCGUCUCGACCUUUUCCCUCGACAGCGUCCGCCGCCUAGUCCCCGUCUUUAACCCCUUCAGCCAAGCCGCGCUCCUCAUCCUCCAGAUCCUGAUUCCCUUCGCCAUCAUCAGCGUCAAUCUGGGGAUCCUCAACCGCCGUCUAGAAGUCGCACCCAGCGCCCUAUUCAUGGUGGUGAUGGCGCUCUCGGACGUGAUGACACUCAACUUCUUCUACAUGGUGCGCGACGAGGGCUCGUGGCUGGAUAUCGGCAUGACGAUCAGCCACUUCUGCAUCGCUAGCUUCCUGUGCACUUUCGUCGCGGGCCUCGAGUUCCUCAGUGAGGUCUUUGUCAGCGGCGUGGACUUCGGCCAGUGGCCCCCUUCUGCUUCCAAGCUAGGGGAGAAGGUGGCGAGUGCCGUCGAGGGUUCCGUGGAUUGUGGGCAUGAGGGUGGAGGCGGAGGUCCGCCGACCAACGGGAAUGAGAGGAGUAAGAAGGUGAAGACGAAAGCGAAGAAGAAGGCUGGGUGA